AUGCUCGACUGGGCGUCCCACGAGCCCGCGUCGGCGAAGAGAUUGCUGGCGGCCCUCGCCUGGUCCUUCGUCGCCGGCGGCGCGACGUCGCUCGGCGCGUCGUACGUGUUUCUGUUUCGGAAGAUCGGCGUGAGGGCCGAGGCGGCGCUGCUGGGCUUCGCGGGCGGCGUCAUGCUGGCGCUGGCCUGCUUGGAUAUCAUGCUCCCGGCCUUCUACGCCGGCGGGCGGAACUGCGGCGGCGCGCGCGUCGCGGUCGGUAGCUUCGUCGCGGGGAUCGGCGUCGUCCGCGUGUUGGACGCAGGGCAGCAAAAGAGAGCGAAAUUCCCAACUUCAAAGGCUCCUUUCUCGGCCACGGCGCGCGCGGCCGCGCUCGUGACGCUCGCGCUCGCGUUCCACAACGCGCCCGAGGGUUUAGCGGUCGGCGUCGCGGCGGCGCACGAGGACGCGACGCGCGCGGCGACGAUGGCGCUGGCCAUCGGCAUGCACAACGUGCCCGAGGGCGUCGCCGUCGCGACGUCCGUGCUCCUCGCGACGCGGUCGCGGCCGCGGGCGUUCGCGGUCGCGACGGCGACGGGCUUGGUCGAGCCGGUGUCGGCCGUGCUCUCGGCGGCCGUGCUCAACCCGUUCCUGUCGCCGGAGCUCCUCGAGGCGUCGCUCCUCCUCGUCGCCGGCGUCAUGCUCACGGUGUCCCUCGGCGAGCUCCUGCCGGGCGCCGCGCGGAAGCACGCGCGAUCCGCGGCCGCGGGCGCGCUGUUCGGCUGGCUCACGAUGCGCGCGGGGCUCGCGCUCGUCAAGGACGACCUCACGGCGAGCGACCACGCCUACUUCGACGAGGGCGAGAUGACCAUCCCGAGGGGGGUGUAA